CUUUAAUGGAUGACGUCGCGGCGCGGGACGUCACGUCCGGGUGCGACGUCAUUAGUUCGCGCGCUCCGUGCGCGUUUGCCUGUACCGAGGGCGGGUGGUGAUUUUUUUCCCCCCCUUUCACCCAAAAGUUCUUCAAACAAAACAACUCAGAAGGCACGCGUGCUUUUUAAUUUAUAAUAUUCUUUAUUUUAUAUUUAUACACAUACGUAUAGUUUUAAUUUAACAUCGUAGAAGGCGCGCGCGAUUCGACGCUCGCGAGAAGUCGUGUUCACCACGCGUAGGCCCCAAUCGCCACAAGGCCCUCCGCGCAGCCUCACGUUGUGCCUGGAAGCUCUACCGUGGGGAUGGCCGCGGAGGUGGGGGACGCGGCAGGCGACGCCGUAGGCUUGGGCGGGGAGGACGAAGAGCAAUGGUUAUAUGGAGAUGAAGAUGCCACUGACAAAGCGGAGGGUGAACCUGCGACUGUUGGGCCGCCCGCGGACGUGCCCGCGGCCGCCGCCGACGACAAAGGCGGCGACCUCCCUUUGAACGGCAACGCCGACGAAACCAACGGCGAUGGCACCGAGGCCGCUCCCGCUCCGAAUGGGACUGAAGAUGCCGAAGACGACAGCGAUAGUGAUAGCGAUGACGACGACGUACAGGUCACUAUUGGGGACAUCAAGACAGGCGCGCCACAGUACACCGGCGUGAACCCUGAAUAUCAAGCCCGGUGCACGGCCGUAUGGGGCAUCCUCAGCAGUCGUGUAGAGUCCCAGCCGGACCCCAAACAGGUGAAGGGCGUGGAUCUGGACGCGCCGGGGAGCAUCGCCGGCAUUCCUGUUCUCGAGGUUGACCUCGACUCCUUUGAGGACAAGCCCUGGCGCAAAACCAGGUGCGCGGAUCUGUCCGACUACUUCAACUUUGGCUUCAACGAGGACACGUGGAAGGCGUACUGCGAGAAGCAGAAGCGUCUGCGCCAGGGACUCGACCCGCUGCCCAGCGGCCCGGCCACGAACCGCAUCACGGUGCAGCAAGGGCGGACGGGAAACCUGCUCGACAAGGAGCAAGACAUGGCCGGACCGACGCUCAUUAAGACCGAGUUCCCGCUGCAGCAGGGUGGCUUGCGACGGAUGGGACCCCCGCCUCACAGAUAUGAACCCAGGAAGCUGCCGGGCACCAUCGAUGUGAUCGGGAGCCAGAUGAUCGGCAUCACCCGCGUGGAGGGCAGGAGGCGAGAUCGCGACGGCCUCCCCGAGCCCAGCCCCAUCCAGGUGCUCGGGACGCUGCCGCCCCCCGGAGACUACAGUGCGAACCAGGGCAAGCCUCCGCCGUCCUUCGCACCCCCAACAGCCCCGCCGCCCCUGCGGCCCAUGGGCCUCCCGCCUAACUUCAUGCCACCGCCACCCAUCCUGCCGCCACCCGUGAGUGUGGGCCCCCCGCACAUACCUCCUCCAGGGUUCAUGCCGCCGCACAUGCCGGGACUCCCGCCGCCCAUGGUCGUGCCACCGAUGGACAGCGGGCCCCCGCCAGGCUUCCCGAACCGGCCCCCGCCCAUGCCGUUUGGCUACUCCACCGUCGUCUCGUACCCGCCCGUGUCUGUCCCCGCGCCCUCGUGGGGCCCUCCGGCCGGAGCGUCCGUCGACAAACCGGGCCCCAUCCAGGGCGGCGCCAUGGUGGUGGGCGGCCCCCCCGGCGGCGGCCCCGGCGGCCCAGGUGGCGGCCCCGGCGGCCCUGGCGGCGGCGGCCCCGGCGGCGGCGGCCCCGGCGGAAACCCCGGCGGAGGUGUGGGAGGGAUCGGAGGCGGAGGCGGAGGAGGCCCGGGAGGCCCCGGAGGCCCCGGAGGCCUGGGCCCGCCCGGCGGAGGGGCGUCGCCGUGGGACCGGGAGCGGUUGCCCACGUCCCGGGACGGACACACGCGCAGUCCGUCCGUCAGCAGCUACGUCAGCGAGGACGAGCGCUUCCGCUACUGGGAGCGCGAGACGCGCGAGUUCGGGCGCGAGCGCGAGAUGGAGCGCUCGUACGAACGCGAGCAGCAACAGCAGCAGCAGCAACAGCAGCAACAGCAGCAACAGCAACAACAACAGCAGCAGCAACAGCAGCAACAACAACAGCAACAACAACAACAACAUCAGCAGCAGCAGCAACAACAACAGCAGCAGCAGCAGCAGCAGCGCGAGCACCGGGAGCCGGCGCGCGAGCACCGGGAUCACCGCGGCGACGUGCGGGAGAGAGAGCACCGCGAGCGAAGCUACGAGCGCGAGCGGCGGCACAGCAGCCGCGACCGGGGGGGCGGCGGCGGCGGCGGCGGCGGCGGCGGGGGGAGCCGAGACACGGAGGAGCGGCACCGCGACAGGCGCCACCGCGACAAAGACGACGGAGGAGGAGGAGGAGGCGGAGGAGUGGGAGGAGGCGGAGGAGGCGGAGGAGGGAGCAGCGCGGGCGGCAGCGGCAGCAGCCGACACAAGUCGUCCCGCAGGAGACACCACGAGGACGACGACUCGGACGGCCACCGGAGGCACAAGCACAAGAAGUCCAAGCGGAGCCGCGAGGACAAGGAGCACGACGCCGGCGCCGCGGAGGAGCGCACCGCCGACGCCGAGGCCGGCUCGGCCGCCGACGACAACUGAAGCGACGGUCCCGCCCCCCCCUCCACCCUCUCCACCCUCCACCCUCCGUCUCCCUUUCCACCCCCGUGCGUUGUUCUCGGCGAUUGGUCGCUCGUUUCGGUGGCUCUCGCGGCCAUUGCCGACGACGCGCCGGUGAUGGCGGUGAUGGCGGUGAUGGCGGGGGGGGGGGCGCAUGUCUGCAAAGCCGCUCCCCCCCCCCCGUAGAGAGCGUGACGGCGGCGAGAUUCUGCUCCGUUCCGAUUCAGUGGGCCGCCGUGCGUGUGUGUGUGUGUGUGUGCGUGUGUGUGUGAGAGCGUGUGUGUGUGUGCGUGUGUGUGUGCGUGUGUGAGAGCGUG